UCUGCACUCGGAAGAGAGACCCCAGUCUUCGAAUAUAACGGGUUUCGAUCAACUACUUUGAAAUAUCGUUAAUCAAACGCGUAAAACUCGAUCGAACGUGAAUAAUUUUCUUUAUUAUUUUAUAAACGUAUCGUACGAGUAAUAAUAAAAAAUAGGAUAUGAUAAAGCGUGUAAGUGAAAGUUUAGUGUUCGAAUAAAAGAGAAGAAGAAGGAAGAAACAAAAGAAACAUUUUUUUCUGCUUUACGACUUAUAUAACGAGAGAAAGUAAUUGAUCGAGGGAAGAAGAAUAAGAAAGGAAUAAGAUAAUGGAAAAAUUUCGACAAUGGGGUCUCAUUUGCGCGAUCAUUGCAGCAUGUACUUGCGGAGUUCGUACGGAAUGUGAAUCUCGAGGACAUAUUUCCUUGUUGACGAGCAUUCACGAUGACGCACCUUGUAAAAAAAUAUCUACAAAAGGUGUUUUGCUUUACGAGGCAGCAAAAUUAUUGACGGAAAUUCAUAACAAUAAAUCAAAUACCAUGGACAUAGAAAUAGCUGUUUUCGAUACGUGCGGUAGCAUCACGGGUGCAUUGAAAGCAGCUAUGAAAGCUUUAGUUGCAGCGGAUGUUAAUUGUUUGCAAGCACCUCAUUAUUUGGGUAUAAUCGGUCCCGAUACUACAACCAAUGCUGAAGCUGUUCACAAAGUAACAUCUAUAUUAAAGAUACCACAUAUUGUUAGAAAAGUAUCUAACGCGCCGUAUCUUCAUCAACUCGUCCACGAAUCUGAUUCCUACUUGGUCGAGGGAGUUUUAAAAAUCGUUCAAUUGUUGAAAUGGAAAUCGUUCACAUUGGUUGCUAACGUCGAAGAAGAAUUAGACGACGAUGUGCAAAAUAUCGCUAAGAAAUUAACUAUGGCGGCGAUUGCGAAGAACUUAUGCGUUCUUGUUCACAACGACGAUGACGACGAUGACAACGACAAAGAUAACAAUAACGAUAAAAACGAAGACUAUACGUCCCAUGUUAUACAUAUUGGACAACCCGACAAAGGAUUUUUUAAUAAAUUUGUAAAUGCGACUGUUCUUGUUGUUAGCGAAGGAAAUCUCGAUGAACAUUUGAAUAGUGUUGAUACGUCUAACACCAUAUUGCUUUUGGAAGAUUCGAGAGAAGUAUUACCUGGACUCGAAAGAAGAGUCGAUACAUCAAAAUGGUGGUCUGGAGGUGAUGGAACCGAUAAGUAUGAUGCUGAAGAAUUAAGAGAAGUAAGAUGGCUCGAAGAUGCGAUUGAAAUUUAUAUUAAGGCAAUCGAUAUGGUGUGCAAAAAGAAAAAAUGCAAGAACCCAAUGAACUCCGUAGAUUGGAACAACAUUCUAUCGAACGUAUUGAUAUCUCAUAAUAUUGAAUCACAGGAUGCCCCACAGUCUCUUGAUCUCUUGAUAAAAAUGAAAGGUUCCAAAUUAGAAAAUCUUGGCAGCGUGAUCGUAAAAAAGAAUUCGGUGAAGAUUCAAUGGGAAGAGGAAGAUGACGACGACGACGACGACAAUGACGAUGACAAUGGAAAGAAUGACGAUAUACCAGAUGCAUUUGAGAAAAUCGUAUCGGAGGAAAAAGGUACUCGUUCUGGAUGUGCAACGAAGGAAAUGAAAAUGUUAUACGAGAACGGACACGACACGACUCACAUUCUCGUAUCUGAAAUGGACGAUAGCGAAUGGUGGACCAUGGUUGGUACGGUCAGUGGCGUGGGUGUUGCCAUGUUCGUUGUUGGUAUUCUAGCCGUUUAUGUCGUAUACACGAAUAUACGUGGUCCAGUACAAAAGAAUAACAAAUCUCGGAUCGACAGAGACACAAGUUUGAGAAGAGUAGGAAGUGACAGGGAAUUACCUACAUCUGCUCGUACUACGAGACAAACUCGUGGAGCACAGAGAAGAGACAGUAACAGAAGCAUCAGAAGUAAUAUAUCCGACAAAAGUGUUUAAAACGUGAAAACGUGUUUUCUUUCUUACUUUCUUUCUUUUUCAAUAACGAUAACUGAUGUUAUUAAAUUAUCUUUAAAUUAAGAUCAGAAUGCAAUUUUAAAUACUUUGUAAAAAUUGGAAAUUAAAAUGAUAUUAACAAUAGUUGGAGGGAAAUAGAAAUAUAUUACAUUGUCUCGAAUAAAUUAAUUAAAACGA